CACAUAACCUCAUAUUGUAGAGCAACACCAAAACAAUAGUCUCUUCUUGGUGGAAUUAUCCCGAAUUUCCCUGAUCAGAGUGAAUCCUCGUGGCGACAAUGAAGCUCAUCACAUAUAAUUUUCUCACAUCAAAAUUCAUCCGCGGCGUAAAAGUUGGUUAUCCGCUGAAAUUGAACGUUGUCCAGAAGGAGAUCAAGAAUUCCGAAUACAAUCCAGAAUUUAUCACACGCAUGAUCCCGAGAUUAGACUGGUCUGGCGUCUGCUUUGCCGCUGAACAGGUGGGCUGUGGGGGUGAUUUGCCCAAGGAGUUCAAUGAUCAGAUCACAGGUGACACGGAAAUCCUCCAGCGGUUGCACCACAUCCUUCUGGAGAUCGACAUCAUCGAGGGGAAUCUACAAUGUCCGGAAACUGGCCGUGUGUUUCCCAUAUCGAACGGCAUUCCCAACAUGUUGCUCAACGAAGAAGAGGUUUAGCUUCCUCGACAGAUAUAUUUCUCUAGACAACAAAUGCAAAAAAAUAAAAACCCAUAUAAACAAA